ACGAAACAUCAAUGCGUGUCUGGUCCCACCGAUACACUCAUUUUAAGCGCGACAGACACAGUUCGCCAAGACAACCUAUUAACUAAUCCAUUUAUUCAAGAUGAAUUUAUCUCCGGCCUUAGUUACAAUCUCAACAUCAGGCCCGACAGUUUUUACAUAAUAAUAACCGUAACUAUGUUUCUACCACCGACAUCUGCGAAUGAAUUGAACCUUGGAAGCAGACCAAUCACUCUCUUGCUGCACCUGAGACUGUCUUUUUCAUUUGCGCUAAGACAGCCAGCCACCGAUCGUUCAUUUAAGCCUGUGUUGUCUUACAAUGGUUUUGUAUUCCGCUUGAAAACUAUGGAUAAAUUUCUUGCUCGCAAUCAUCCUACUCGCGACCGUGAUGUGAUCGUCGUCCCUGCAGGGCAAAGGGUCAUCGCAAUGUUGAUUGUGAUGGGUUCUCUAACCUGCAAGAACUGCUCCAUCAAGGGACAUAAUUGAAAUAUUGCUCCAAACGAGUUGUCAAUCAAUCAGGAUUCAAUACCAACUAUUUAGCGUAUAUUGCUCGUAUAAACACAUCUUGAAAUUCACCUUCAAGUGAUUUUCUCAUUGAUGGUGACUCUACUAUACGCCACCUACUCACUAGAGAAGUAUUCUUUAUGUCGGAGCCUCACAUAGCUCAGUCCCACACUCGAUCAGCAGAUCGUCUCUCAAAAUCGCCUGCAAGAUAAUGGCUAUACUUUCUCCUAUCCUCCUGACCGUCCGAUUCGUCACGUUUGUCACAAUUCGCACUCACGGUUUCCAGACAGGCAACUUUAACAAUUAUG